AUUCGCAUCAAGUAUGGCUUCUCAACAAAACGUUGCCGCGACCAGAAAACCAUGGAUCAUGAAUGCUUUCGCCAUGACUGCGCCAGGACAUCUCGCACCAGGUAUGCACCGAGACUUGGCAAUCUAAACACUGUUACUGAAAUUAUACAUCCUUCGCAGCAAAAACAAACACUAGAUCAUUGGGUCAAGCUCGCAAGAUUUCUGGACGAGAACCAAUUCCACGGCAUCUUCUUCGCCGACGUUCUGGGCAUCUACGACGUGUACCAAAGCAGCAACGAUGCGGCUCUCAGCAGUGGUGCACAGAUACCCAUUCUGCAGAUUGAUCUAUUGGUCUCUGCCCUAGCAUAUGCGACAAAGAAUCUAUCUUUUGGUAUCACGGCAUCAACGACUUAUGAAAAUCCUUAUGCUUUGGCGAGGAAGUUCUCGACGUUGGAUCAAGUUACCAAUGGUAGGGUUGGUUGGAACAUCGUUACUAGUUAUCUAGAGAGUGCGGCAAAGUCUUAUGGCUUGGAGGGAAACAUCGAGCAUGAUGAGCGUUACAGGAUUGCUGACGAGUUCAUGGAUGUGUUCUAUAAUUUGCUCGAGGGCAGUUGGCAAGAUUCUGCCAUCGAAGCGGACAAAGAGACUGGUGUUUGGACAAGUCCAGAGAAAGUCAGGAAGAUCAACCAUGAAGGCAAAUACUUCAAGUCGGCAGGUCCCAACCUUGUGGACCCCUCACCUCAGCGCACGCCUUUUCUGCUACAGGCAGGUGCAUCCAAAGCAGGCAAAGACUUUGCCGCAAAGCAUGCAGAAGCAAUGUUCCUUCCCGGCCUCGUACCUGCCAAAACCGCCAAAGUCGUUGCUGAAACCAAAGCUUUGCUCCGCUCCAUCGGGAGACCAGAAGACAGCAUAAAAUUCAUCGCAGGCAUUUUCAUUUGCGUAGAUGAGACUGACGAAAAGGCCCAGGCAAAAUUCGAGGAUUAUCUCAAGUAUGCGGAUACCGAGGGUACUGCUGCGUUGUUUGGAGGCUGGACGGGCACUGAUUUGUCGGCGUUCACUGAUGAUGAGGACUUUGCUUUCAGCACAAAGGCACCUGCUAUCCAGUCGAUGAUUGCAUCUUGGACGGAAACAGUUCCUGGUACCAAGAAUCUCAAGUGGACGAAGAAACACGUCCUCGAACAUCUUGCCAUAUCAGGUGCUCAUCCAAGAGCUAUCGGCAGUCCAACCACUGUGGCUAAUAUCCUUGAGAACUGGAUCCAGGAGGCAGCAGUGGACGGCUUCAACAUCAGUUAUGCAGUUACUCCAGGCACCUUUGAGGAUUUGGUCGCAUUUUUGUGGCCUGAGCUGAGGAAAAGAGGCGUGUUGCAAGAAAAGUAUGCCGGAAGCACAAUGCGCGAGAACUACUUGCAAGAUGGCGAAGGGCCCAGAGCUAGAGACUGGCAUCCUUCAAGGCAGUAUACCUGGAGCGGAUAG